GACCACGUGUUUGGGUACGAGCAUGACGACUGGCUGCACACUCCACUGCUGCCACCUGAGGCUGCUCUUGGACUGACCUACGAGCAGAUUGAGGAAACCUUCAAAUACUUUCAUGAUGCAUUUUUGUCGCAUUUUUUGCAACUACUUUUUACUUUUUACACAAAACACAGGGUUUCCGUGACGGUACAAAGCAUGUGAUUUAAGGUACAUUAAGUGGUUGCUCUAGCGAUUAAGGCUAAGGUUCAAGCUCCAGCACUGUUGGGUCCUUGAGCAAGGCCCGUAACCCUCUGUGCUCCAGGAAAGCUGUAUCAUGGCUGACCCUGUGCUCUGACCCCAACUUCCAACGUCGGGAUAUGUGAAGAAAGAAUUUCACUGCGCUGUAAUGUAUAUGUGACUAAAGGCUUGCUGCUGAUUCUUCAGAUUCUCGUUGCUGUUGCUAAGCGUCUAGUCCUAACAUUCAAACACUGAUUUCACACUGUACAUGUUUGGCACAGCAAGGCAGGAUUAACACUGCUAAAGCUGUAAAAGCCAAUGCUACCUGCUCCAAGGGAGGAUUUCAUAACGCCAGGAUUAAAACUGGGUUUAGAACAACAUGGGCUCAACGACAGAGAGAGAAUUUUACCAUGGUAUAAUAACAUAAUAAACUACUACACUAUCAGAAAACUUAAAUAUGUAUCUUUCACAUGGAGGAGUAAAUAUAGUGUACUUUUGAAACAUUUACAGUGCAAAAUGACCUUUUAGAGAAUAGCUUACAUCUUUACAUCUAUUCAUUUGGAGUAUAUUUUACUAAAGGUACAGGUGUAGUAAAGGCUUACUAAAGACUAAAGGUACAACCCCAGUGACAUGGAAUGGUAUGGUUUUCUUUUUCUGAGGGUGUAAAAAUUUACACCUUGGUUCAGUAUAUCGGUUGUAAGGAAAAACUUUGAUUUGUUCGUACUUGCGAAUCGAUUCAUUAGACACAUUCAAAAUAAUUCAGACAGAAACGAUCAGAAUUCUGUUUGUGGGGACACAAUCUUACUAAGUACAAUAAACAUUAUUAUUACUAUUAUUAAUAAUAAUAUAAGUAGUAGUAGUAGUUAUUAUAUUUGAUAAUAUUUACCCAAUUAAUUUUUAAUUCUGUAAUGAAUUCACAAAUGAUGCAGAUGCUCAUAUUCAUAGCAUGCUCAAAAGGUCCAGGUUACACUUUAUAAAUGAUUUCCCUUCUAUAACUGUCUUCAAUAUGGACAAAACGUAUACAUAGCCACACUAUCCGAUGAAUAUGUGCUCAUCUUGACUCUGGAUCCUUUCAAAGAUUUCUUCCUCAUAUCGUCUCAGAGAGAGUUUCCAUCACCACCGUCACCUCUGGCUUGCUGGUUCGAGAUAAAUAUAAAUAAUCAUUUCAAAAUAACACUUUUUAUUUCGAUUUUUGGAUACUCCUGUAAUGCUGCUUUGUGACAAUGUCCAUCAUUAAAAGUGCAAUGCCAUACAAGUAAAAUUGAAAUAUUUGAAAUUGAAAAUUGAAAUUGAAAUAUUUGUAGUCACUUCUGGAACUAUGGAUGUUCGGUGCCUGGCAGUUAUUUUUAUAUGGAAAGAGGCUUGCAUUAUGUUGUACAGUACAUUGAAUAACGUUAUGGAUUUUUAUUUAUUUUUUUUACAAUAUGUGAUCCCCCAAAUAAUAUCCCUCUUCACCUCUCCAUCUACUAUUCAGACAUAACCUGGACUGAUCUACUGACCUUAAAACAAUUCUGGAGGUUUUUACUACUAGUUCUGCAUCCGGUCCUUCUUAUAAUCUUGAACACAUCGUUCUUUCUGAAUGGGCCACAGAUCCCAAAUACCAUCAAGCUGAUUAGCAGCCUGCUUUUUUCCAGUAUCAUUAAGCUCCUUUGGCUCCUGCCCAGACCUCGCUUUGCCUGGCGUGAUGUCCUGUUCCGUCAGGUCAACAAUGCAGUUGGAGCUAUUUACAGUAGGUCUUAAACCUCCAGGAUGCAGAAGUGUUAAGUCUGUUAUGGUGAGUUAGCAUGGUGUGUUAACAUGAGUUCAUCAUGAGUGGGAGAGACUUGAGAGAUGUGGGUGUGUAUGUGUGUGUUUACAAAGAAAUGACAUUUUUUAUCUAGUGGCACUUAAAAAUUGCUUUACAUUUACGGCAUUUGGCAGACGUCUUUAUCCAGAGUGACGUACAAAAGUGCUUUUAAGUCUCUAUUGAUGAUUAACACUGGUUCACUAGGUUAAAGACUUAGGAUAGCAUCAACCUAAACUCUGUUCAGGAUUUUUUCAUACAUAGAAACAAACAGGGAGAAUAAGUGCUAGCUUAAGUGUUUCAGGAAGAUGUAGGACUUCACCCGUCAUUUGAAGACAGGCAGUGACUCAGAUGUUCUGACAUCUAGGGGAAGUUCAUUCCACCACCUCGGUGCCAGAACAAAAAAGAGUCUUGAUGUAUACCUACCUCUUACCCUGAGAGAUGGUGGAACCAGUCGAGCAGUGCUGUAGAUCUGAGGAUGGAGGUGCAGUGUGAGGAGUGAUAAGAGCUUUGAGGUAAGAAGGAGGUGGUCCAUUUUUGGCUUUGUAGGCAAGCUUCAGUGUUUUGAAUCUGAUGCCUGCAUCUACUGGAAACCAGUGGACUAAAUUAAUGACAUCUCUUAUAUACUGUAGUCUUUGAAAAGUCCUGUAAUUAUGAAGCAUCUCUGUGAACCCUGAAAUUACAUUUUGAUACAUUUCCUCAAUGUAUAGAGACUUUUAGGACACCAUUUAUUUGUAUCUAGGUCAAGCUUUGAUGACUGUAACUUUAUAGUCCACAGGAAAAUCUGUCAUAAAUUGAUUAGCCUGUGGUCUGAUAUGGUGUCAUUGGAUGAAAUAUUAAACCUUAACUUUAAAAGAUGAAAGUAUUGAGGGUUGGCAUGAAUAAAAAAAGAAAAGAAAAAUGUUAAGUCUUUGUUUGCUCAUUAAUAUAACCAGUUAUUUACGUUAGAUGUGGGGGUUAAGGAAAUGAAUCAAAUUUCUUAGACCUGCUGCUUUAGCUUUCCUCGAACUAUCUGUCAUUUUGAACUUGCUAUAGAGUUAUAGACUAUAGACUAUAAAUGGUCUAAUCUCUCCCUAGUGAGAUUUCCGGGCUCUGUGUGGUGUUUGCAGCUCUUGCAGUGUUAAACCUGACCUAUCGGGAGCUGAAAUAUUGAUGUGGCUUGAGGUAAAUAUUUGAUGUCGGGUAACAUUUUGACGGUUCGAGCCAGAUCAGUGUGACUGAAAGGAAAAGGUCAGCGAUUUCAAAGAAUUAUGUCUCGGGGUUCAUAUUCAUAUUACACUCAAAUUGCUUCAGGACAAUGUGAUGAAUUGCAUGUGAAGACACUAUGAAGUCUAUAUAUCAUUGAUCACCAAGUGAUGGUUAAAAAUAAUAUCAGCUUGUUUUGAGGGCCAAAUCACACCAAGGUAUUGUUUAGGAGUUUGUCUAUUAAAAUGAUUGUUAGAUUGAGAUUGACCCAUGAAACCUAAUAUCGUACUGAAAUAAUAUCACACACAAACACAGUCUGGUCCUCUGUGACAACAUUGUGUCGCCGGAUUGAUGCUAAAUGUGCCAGAAUGGAGCAUACCAUUAGCAUGGGGGUGUUCACUCUCUGAAGUCUCUUUCAACCUUUUAAAAAACAUGAUUCCACCAAAUCAUCUCCUCCCUCCAAUCAUUAUUUCUCUCCUUAAAAUGAUUAAAUCAGUGACAAAAUGAAUAGUUUCCCUCCUCUUCUUCUUAAUAGUUACACUCGUUUUAACUUUACCCUCCCCUCCCCACUUGUCUUAUAUUGACCAUGGCUUAGAGCAGCCAGGUAAGUGUCAGAAAUCCCACUGCAGCUGAAGCACAGACAGGAUUUAUCAAAAACUUCAUUAUGCAUGCAGUCCGAGAGCUCACAGGUGUGUGAGUCACAGACUGUCGUCAUUCACUCGGUACAGGCAGACUGCACAGAAGUCAAGCCAGAUUGUAGGGAAUAGGGAGAAGAGGAAAAAGGCACAGAUUGGAUUAAAGGAGCGGCGACUAAAGGGAAAGGACGACAUGGAGGUUUGGAGCAGCUCGAGCACAGAGGAGAGCGAGAGAGAGAGCACCAUGAGUCAGGAUGAGGAAGAUGAGGGGGAACAGGAGGAGAGUACCAGCGGUCUGUGCAGAGACCUGGUAAAAGUGCUGUGCUCAGAGAGGGUUGGCCAAGUUACAAAGACAUAUCAUGACAUUGAGGCUGUCACUCAUCUUCUGGAGGAGAAAGAACGUGAUCUAGAGCUAGCAGCUCGAAUAGGCCAGUCCCUUCUGAAACAGAACAAGGCCUUGACAGGACGUAACGAGCUGCUGGACGAACAGCUGGAAGUCGCAAAAGAAGAGCUUGCUCAGCUGCGUCACGAGCUCUCAAUGCGAGACGAUCUUCUGCAGCUGUAUGCCAGCACUGAGGAGAUCGAAGCUGCUACAGAAGCACGCUCACCUGUCAGGAGAAACGAGUCCAGCUCUUCUCUCAGCAACCUCGUCCAUUAUGAUUUUCUGCAAAAGAAGCUCAGGAGUCUGGAGGACGAGAACAUCAAACUGCAUGCUGCGGCCAACGAGUUAACCUUAGAAACCAGCAGCUAUGAAGAGCAGGAGCAGCAGCUGAUGAUGGUUUGUGUUGAAGAACUCUCAUCAGCGAAUAAGCAGGUGGUGGCUCUGUCAGAGGAGCUGGCUCGUAAAGUGGAGGACUCUCUUCGGCAGCAGGAGGAGAUUAGCUCUUUGCUAGGUCAGGUGGUCGACUUACAGCAGCGUUGUAAAGCGUUAAUCAGAGAGAAUGAGGAAAUCACUCAGCACCUAAACACUUCACGGGAAAGCCAGUCGAAGCUCAAAUCAGAGCUUAAGGACCUUCGGGAGAGGUAUUCGGAGUGUGAAGACAUGCUGCGAGAAGCCCGAGAGGACAUCAAGAACCUGCGGAAUAAGAGCCUGCCCAACAGCACAGUGCAGCGCUACAGUUCACUGGCUGCUGUGUUCCCCAUGGACUCACUCGCUGCUGAGAUCGAAGGAACCUUCCGUAAAGGCCUGGACAGUCCUGCUCCUUCAGAAUACAGGACCCAUCCAUGGCGUGUGUUUGAGACAGUGAAAGUGGCCAAUCAGGUGUCACGACUGCGCUCUCAGUGUCACUCCCCUGUGGUCCCCAGCUCUAGCCCCGCCUCCUCUCAGUCCAGUCGAAACAGCACACCACGCACUAGCUACUACGGAUCUGACUCCGUCAGCCUCAACCUUGAGGACAAACCUCACUCAACACCAUUACAAGAGCAAAGCCUUAUAGAAUCAAAGCGACUGGGUCAGCCGGGCAUGCCCGGUGGUCAAGAUCUGGAGGAAGCUCUGCGUUCCCUCUCUGCACGCCAGGAGAGCCAUUCUUCUGAUCGGCCGUUCUUUGAUGUAGAACGUGAGAGGAAGCUCAGGGCACUGGGAGGCAGCAGUGCAGAAGGUUCUAGUGGAUUCCUUACUCCCAAUGACAGCAUGGGAUCCACAGGAACCAAUUAUUCAGGCAGCUCCCAGCAUUCAUCUGCUACAUCAAGCUCCAGAUCCUACUUGCCAGAACGCCUGCAGAUAGUCAAACCACUGGAAGGCUCAGUCACCCUGCAUCACUGGCAGCAGCUGGCUACACCUAACCUUGGGGGCAUUCUUCAUCCACGGCCAGGCAUCCUCACCAAAGAUUUCAGGGAACUGGAUGUGGAUAUUCAGCAAGUUUAUAGCCUCAAUGACCUUGAGGAGGAUGAGCCUAACUGGUCCAAAGUCCCUAACCAAGGUCAGAUGCCUAUUGUCACUUCAUCUGGAUCCAACUCCCCCCACACCCACACCAUCACCAACUCUCAGAUCCUCCAGCCCUCUGUCCUGCUGUCCUCCAUAUCCACUAGCGUUCAGCCUCAUAACCUGUCCACCUCUGGGAGCAAUGAGCAUGUAAGGACCUUACCAGAUCACCAGCAUGGUUUCUUCCAUAGACCUGCUACGAACAUGACGCCCAACUUGGGUCUUAUUCAGCUGCUUCAAGAGCGAGGUAUCUCAGCUUCCACUAAGCCCAGCCUGCCUCCUAUCCUUAGACCCUCAAUCAGCACUUUAGCAGCUUUAACCGAUAAAGAAACAGAUGGGAGACGUAGAGGAGAGAAACAGCAGAGGAGGAAUAUUUUUAGCUUCAACCUGAUGGACAAGCUUCAGAGUCUCGGUCUUCAUAAAGUGAUAGCCAGAGGAUUCAUAGACUCAGGAAAGAAGGAAGGAGAUCCACACAAUCCUCCUCUAACAAAACACUGAACACUGGCUUUCAGUAGAACUACUGUUCUACGUACCGUCUUCCGUUUUGUACGUAGCAGAUCCGACCUCUUACAAAGAGUUGUAUUUAUCAGUGAAUAUUUGAAAGCCAUAUCACUCCAUGUGGAGUGGUUCUUGUAGUAUAUUGGUUAUGAAUGAACAGGAUGUCCUGUUGACAAUAUGGUAGAUUGGUUUGGGAAUCCAAGACAUUUUACCAAUCUGAGGUACAUAACGUGUGAUAGGUAUUUAUAUCGCUGUCUUAUAUGUUCUGACAUGUAGCAAAAAGGGAUUAAUUGUUCUUUCAUUAUUAUUUAAGAACUAGUCCUAUUUUCAUUUCAUCACACAGCAGUCUUCCAUCCUGCUUCACCAGACUGCUUGUCUUGACAUGCACAAGCACUAUAUAUUAUUUAUAUAUUUAAAAGCCAGUGACUUUGGACUUGUCUGCGUACUGGAUGAAUCGUGACUGUUCUUAGGUUGUUUAGUUGUUUUUACGACAACGUGCAAAUUGUUACGAAACUAGAUGACCUGAGCAUAUUGUUCAGGAUGUCUAGUUGGACAUAAUAUUCUAUGAUUAAUUGUUUUAGAUUUCAAUCACAGUUAUUUAAUGUCCCAAAAUGCACUGGGAAUUUUAUCCACAAACAUCCACAAAAUUUUUUUAUCCACAAACAUGAUGCUUUAUAUAGACACUUAAUAGUCACAGACUUUUAGUUAAAGAUGUUAUAUAAAAUUUUUUCAGAUAAUUGUUGCUUUCACAGGCACAUAUAUACACACACUAGGUAAAAACAACCAAGUAUUUAAACAGACAGAUAUAAAAAUGGAUAUAAAUCUGAAAAGUGGCUUUCUGCACAUUCACUGUAUGGCUAAACAAAUAUAACUCCAAAAGUAGAUUUUUGUGCAAACACAAAACAAUACCACAGGUCUUUAAAAACCACCUCACAUCAUGUACUGUGUCCUUUUUGAUUGAUAGGUUUUUUUGUUUUUUUUUUGUCAGACAUGCUCCGCAGCAUCAAAAGACCAUUUACACCUUAGCAUUCGAUCUGUAAUGUACAUAUACUGUAUAAGGACUUGUACGUUUAUAUGUAUAAUGUUUGUCCAGAUUUCAUGCUGUCACUUGGAAAUCUUAGUUAAGCAAGAGUUAUGCAAUUUUUCUUUUUUUGUUCUGUGGGAAAUUUCACCAGAAUCAUGUAUUCAGUCACUCAGGUAGUAUGGAAACUGACUUCAGGCUUCUUUGGAUUAAUAAAUUAAUUUGAAACUUGGCUGAUAAUACAGAAUCAGCCAGACUCCUUCAUUCAGGAGGUAGUCUGACUGAUCAUCAAUCACAUCAUGAUCAUGUUAUGUUCUUUGUGCCUUAAACUUUGCAACAUGUGUUAGAAAAGAUAUCCAGAUAAAAACUGUAGAUUUCUGUUUUUGUAGAAGUGACUGUGAUUAAUGUAGUUAAACACCUGUACAGCUUUAUUAAAUGUAGCACUAAACCUGAACAUUACGGAACACUGGACAUUAAGCCAUCACUGAGCUACAUAUCUGAAGAACCAUGCAGUUUUUUUUGCCAUUUUCCUAAAACACAUUCUUUUGGUAAUACGUAAUAUACAGAUUUUUAACAUUAACCUUCAAAUCAACAAGUUUAGAAUUUUGUCAUUGGAGAAUUCAAAUUGAUGCUCGAGCGCUAGGCUACUAUAGAAAGGGUAGAAACGGCAUUAUACAGCAUUUUAAUGAAAGAUUGCAUUUGUAGUAUGGAAACUAUGGUAAAAUGACUAACACAAUAAUUCACACAAUCACUGUGUACUGAUAUUCUGAUACUCAUUCUGAUACUCAUUGAUUAUAACUAUGUUGCACCGAAUGAUUGUAUUUUUUCUGUUAUUUGGUCUGUAAAUAUGAUUUGCACCUAAUGAUCACUGUAAUUAUAAAAUGUAAUUGGAAUAAGAGCUGUGUACAGUAUGUGAAUGAGUGUUGCAGUGUUCCAAUAAAUACAAGAGUUUGAUAUA